AUGGGUCUUUGUUGUAGCUGUUUGGGAGACUCGAGCGAUGACGCCAGUGUGCUUCCCAUUGCGGACAACGAGCGUGAAGCCGUUACCUCAUUACUAGGAUAUUUGGAGGAUAAAGACCGUUUUGAUUUUUACAGCGGCGGUCCUUUGAAGGCCCUCACUACACUGGUGUAUUCCGAUAACCUCAAUCUGCAGCGCAGUGCAGCACUGGCUUUUGCGGAAAUCACUGAGAAAUAUGUGCGGCCCGUUAACCGCGAGGUCUUGGAGCCCAUUUUGAUCUUGCUGCAGAGCAGCGACUCGCAAAUCCAGGUGGCAGCGUGUGCAGCAUUGGGUAAUCUCGCUGUGAACAACGAAAACAAAAUUUUGAUUGUGGAUAUGGGCGGACUCGAACCGCUAAUAACGCAAAUGAUGAGCAGUAAUGUCGAAGUGCAAUGUAACGCAGUAGGCUGCAUCACGAACUUGGCUACGCAGGACGAUAACAAGGCCAAGAUUGCCACUUCAGGCGCACUCGUGCCUUUGACAAAACUUGCCAAGUCUAAGAACAUUCGAGUUCAAAGAAACGCCACAGGUGCUCUGCUCAAUAUGACCCAUUCCGGCGAAAACAGACGGGAACUUGUCAACGCUGGUGCCGUUCCGGUCCUGGUAUCUUUACUAUCUUCUGUGGAUGCCGAUGUUCAGUACUACUGUACCACAGCUCUUUCGAAUAUAGCGGUCGAUGAAUCGAACCGUAAAAAGCUUUCUCAAACGGAGCCUAGGCUGGUCUCGAAACUGGUCGCUCUGAUGGACUCUCCUUCUGCCAGGGUAAAAUGUCAGGCGACAUUGGCGUUGCGUAAUUUGGCUUCUGAUACAGGGUAUCAGUUGGAGAUUGUUCGUGCAGGAGGUUUACCACAUCUGGCCAAACUCAUUCAGAGCGACUCUAUGCCACUCGUGUUGGCCAGUGUUGCAUGCAUCAGAAACAUUUCCAUCCAUCCUUUGAAUGAGGGUUUGAUCGUGGACGCUGGGUUUUUGAAACCUUUGGUCAAGUUGCUUGAUUUCAAAACCUCUGAGGAGAUCCAGUGUCAUGCCGUCUCUACACUCAGAAACCUGGCAGCCUCAUCUGAGAAGAACAGACAGGAGUUUUUCGAGAGCGGUGCAGUUGAGAAGUGCAAGGAGUUAGCUUUGGACUCACCAAUGAGCGUUCAAAGCGAAAUAUCUGCCUGUUUCGCUAUUUUAGCCCUGGCAGACAAUUCGAAGAUCGAUCUUUUGGACUCUAAUAUCCUUGAAGCGCUCAUCCCUAUGACAUUCUCGAAGAAUCAAGAGGUUUCUGGGAAUGCAGCGGCUGCUUUGGCCAAUUUGUGCUCGAGAAUCAAUGACUACACCAGAAUUGCAGAAUCCUGGGAAAGGCCUGGUGAUGGCAUUCGCGGGUUUUUAAUUAGAUUUUUGCGCAGCGAGUACCCGACUUUCGAACACAUUGCGCUUUGGACUAUUUUGCAGCUACUGGAGAGCCACGAUGAGACUAUUCUCAGGUAUAUCAAGAACAACAAGGAGAUUGUAAAGAGCAUAAGGCAUUUGUCGGACGUGAAUUUUGAAAGCGCCCAGAAGGCUUCUGUGGCGAUGAACUCUCAGAGCGGAUCCGGGGCUGCGUCAGACCAGUUCGAUAACGCAAGUCUCGAGCUCUACAACAUCACACAGCAAAUUCUUCAAUUCAUCGACUAG